AUGCGUCUUACUCUUCGAAGGUCGUGCAAUGCCUGUGCAAAAGCGAAACACAGCUGCGAUCUUCGCACACCGCAAUGUUCACGAUGUGCCAAGAGGAAGUCCCAGUGCGUCUACGCCAACCGGCCGCUGAAUCCGCCCACGAGAGACCAAGAGCUCAUGAAGGCACCGCAACCGGCAAGCACAGCUUUUGAUCCCUUUGACUCGUAUCCGCCCACGAGACUGCCUCGCGCGCAUGUCCAACGACUCAUCCAUCAUUUUCUCGCCCAUAUUUCAUUCCAGUACUAUCCGCUGGAUCUGGAAAUGGAUUCAAACCCAUUCGUGAUUUCGUGGUGGCCACAAGCGCUCGCUGAUGGCGCUCUAUUCCAUGUCUCUUUGCAAACGGCCUCUCUAGAUGUUGAACUCCGAGCAGGGCAGGGGUUUCCUAUCUCUGAACUUCUCAUGGCCGAUUCGGUGGCCUUGGUGAGGCGAAAAGUCGAGAGCUCCGUGCUGGCGUUCCAGAACGAGACGCUCAACUCAGUCGUGACACUCGCCGCCAUCGAGUAUGGUAAAGGUAAUACUGAAGCCAGCAAAAUGCACAUCGACGGCGUCAAACGGAUGGUCUCGGCGAGAGGAGGCAUCAGCGAGGUGAAACGUGCCAGUCCGCUUACCGCAAGAAUGAUCUCCUGGGUGUCGUUGAUAGUCACGGGCGCACCCCAAUUCCUGACACAAGAUGAUGAAUCUGGUGGUGCGGAGGGAAUUGGCUCAAUUCCGCAAUGGCGAUUAGCUUCAGCAUUUUCAGAUUUACCGAACAGGUUCCUGGAUAACGAAGACCUCGACCCCACCUUGAGAAGCAUAAUGCGCCGUCUUCACACCAUCUUUCAUCAGCCACGACAAAUGUGUCCUCUGACGAACUUGGAGCUCCACGACCUGACGUGCUUCGUUAUACACCGUCUCCUCCUGUUGCCUGAUUUUAUAGGCCAGGACUCGAAGCAGUCAGUCACAUCCGAGUGCCUACGAUAUGCGCUGGUACUAUACUUAUUGAUCAUCCAUGGUACAACAUAUUAUUCACACCAUGACCUGUCCAACAACCUUUUGCUUCGACUCAAAGGCCACCUUGAAGCCUUGGGCAAAAUGGAAGACACCCAUGGCCCUUUAGGACUUUGGAUCAUUUCCGUUGGAAUGAUAGCUUCCACCAACACGGCGUACCGUCAAUGGUUCACAGCACAAGCUUGCAUAUAUGCGGAAGCAUUAAACCUUCAGACUUGGGCUGAUGUAUUGCUUCGCCUGGAUCAGAUCCUCUGGAUACAAUCGCCGCAAGAGAGCCUCUUCCGUCAAAAAUGGCAGGAAAUCAUGAAGGUCAUGGCAGGAUGA